GGUGGAACUGUUAGGCACAGAGUGUUGGGAAACAGAGCUCCUUAAGGGCGUGCUGAAACCAAAUCCAGCUGAGCUUAUUAUGCAGAGGGCGGAAAACUGAAGAAAAAAGGGAGUUGAAACUCCAGCGUGGCAGGGAAGUUCAUGUGUGAUGGCGUAACAGAUACGUUUGGGAAAAGCUUAAAAGAAACUAGAAGGAUUUUUGAAAGAAAAGAGUACAGGAGCAAGUGAGUGGACUUGAACUGCUGUGGUUGGUGAAGCUGUGCAGGAGCCAGAGCGGCUGAGGGCGGGACAGAGGAAGUGUGGUUGGCUGCACAGCAGUUUAAAGGCUCAUUGUUCUGACAGAGCAGCGGCAGAGGAAGCCCAGGAGUCGACAUAUGCUGGACAGCCUAGACAUGGACACAGCUAUGGACAAGGUUGUCAAGACUGGAAGGUUUCUGUGGAACCAAACAAGUUUAGAGGGUCAACCACCGUCGUCCUCAGUUCUUUCAGUUCCUGCUGAUGGAUCAGGCUUCAGAUGUCUCUAGAGCCAAGAGCAGUGGGUGCUGCUGGAGAUGUAGCAAGAUGCCUCAUAUGCAAGGAGAGGUGCUCUGGAUUUCAGCCACAUAUUUGGAGAAAAGCCUGCAUGACGUGUGGCUGCAGCUCAGUGGACCACACGCCUGGAAGUGACGGAGAGGAUGAUCAGAGAAUGGGCCGAUUGCUGGCAGACUCACCUUACUCCCAUCUAACAGCCAAAGUCAAAGGUGGUGGGGGGCUUCGCAUGUACAAGAGAAAUCGGAUGAUUGUGACAAACCCGGUGGUGUCAGGCAAAGACCCAACUUUCAACACUAUAACAUAUGACUGGGCACCAGCAGGCCUCAACCAGAAACUGGCAAUGCAGUACAUGGAGCUCCUUCCAGAAAGCCUUCGCCCUGUCUCUGGGAGUGUUGGAUCGCUGGAGCGGCGCAAGCAGCUCCUCCAUCAGCUUCCAUCGUACGAUCAGGACCCCAUGAAGUGUCAGAGCCUGGCUAGUGAGGAGGAGAUAACAGCUAUGCUGUUGUUUGUGAAACAGUACAAGCAGGAAGUGCUGGGGGUGGGGGAGGUGGCCUUACCUGGUGAAUCUGCAGCUCUGAAGGAAGCAGGCAUGCUGAGGACAGCAAAGGAGUCUGGACAACCACAGGGCCACACCUCUGCCAGUGGCCUUACCCCCGCUGCUGAUGGCUCCAAUGGAACAGAUGGCAUGACCCAAUAUGUGAAUGAGAGUACACUGCGGUGUUCUGGUUGUAAUGAAGAGGUUGCCAAGGAGAGCCCAGUUGUUUAUGCUGAGCGUGCUGGUUACGAUUGCGCCCUGUGGCAUCCCACCUGCUUCAGAUGUUCAGAGUGCAACCAGAGUUUGGUAGACCUGGUCUACUUCUGGUCCUGUCAGAAACUGCUCUGUGGACGACACUACUGCCAGUCGGUGUGGCCAAGAUGUUCAGGCUGUGACGAGCUCAUCUUCUGCAGCUCUUUCUUCACCUCCAAAGAUGAACAGACGUGGCAUCAGGAGCAUUACUGCUGCUGGAGAUGCGGAUGCAGCCCGGAGACACCCUGCCAGCACUGACGCACAACUACAAUGCACACACACUCCACAAACAUGUAAACACAAACUCCUGUAAAACAGGGAAGUGUUGCUGGAAUAAACCUUUUGCAUUUGGUGAGUAGAUCCAUCAGAGUGCAGAAUUUCUAGGUGACAUGCAUCUUGAAAUUAUGCAAAAGGAAGCAUCAGAAGGAAAACAUCAAUAGUUGCGUGUUUCAGAAAUUUAGGUCCACAAAGAAAAUGAACGAGCCACUUAAAAUGUUAGAGUUUCAAACAUAAAACAUUUGUUCUGAAGCAGAGGAUCCGUUAGUGGAGCUCUUUAGAUAGAAAACAUGCAGUUGACAGAAAUGCACGUAAAAGAAAUAUUUACGCCUCAGCUCUUAAACUGUUAGGAGACAGAUCUGCCAGACUGAAGGUGUGGUUUGAACAGACAGCUGGAUGAAGUCACUUCAGCCACGGAUCAAAUGUUUUCAUGUCAAAGAAAAGCCCCAGCUCAGAAGGAUGCACCCACAUGCUUGGUGCAUUCUGAAUCAGAAAGGAAGAUUUUUCUUCUGGUUCAUGAGAGGGGGCACCAGGAGGGGUCAUGGCAGCCCCGCAGAGAAGACCCUGCUCGGAUCUGGACUUGAUCAUCAACCCAUACAGAAGAAGCACAUGAACUACAGACUUAAUUUUACUACAGAUGAGACUGCUGCAUGCUCAGAAACCAGCAACCUCUGAACUUUUAUUGUUUGUAAUUUGAAUCUUUAUUUAAAAAAAUUGUAACAACAAUUAGCUAACAUUUAGAUUAUCUGAUGGACAUUGUAAAGUUUUCUGAAUCUUUAAAGACUUUACAUGUACCUUCAUCUUUAUUCGUAAGCUCUAUGACUCACUCUGGUAUUAUUGGCAUCAGGCAUUAUUUCUUUGUUUUUUUAUUUUUCCAGUUUUGAAACUGUAAAGUGUUUGCCCUUUCAUGAACUGGAAAUGACAGAUCAUUUUUCAUUGUGUCUCUCUGGUUGGGUAUUCAUAACUGGAUGUGGAUUAAUCGUAGACAAACGCUGAUCCAUUUUGAAGGGUUUCAUCUUCAGGCUGGUAAAAUGCUAUGUAAACGGUUCCAACCCUAAACCUCAUCUGAUCCCUUUGAAGAAUAUCUACCCUAUAUGGUCCAAUAGUGGCCGGUCUCCAAUAAACUCCAGGUUUAACAGAUGUUCGUUACUUUAGGCACCGAUCUCUAAGAACCCCCCCCCGAAUAAAACACUUGCAACACAAAAGGAGGAUGCAUUAUUUGGCAGGUCAUUUCUGCUGGUUACAGAGAGUCCCUUCCUCUCCUAAUUCAAUUUAACCCUUGUGCUAUCCUAUGACUCCAACCUUACAUUGACGUGUUAUUCCUACUACUAUGACAAAGGUGGAUAAAGGUGGAAAGAUUUCAUGUAAUCCAUGGACACCAGUGAAGAUCACAAAUCAUUGAAGAAAAAAGGUUCAGAGCACUGUCUAGUGGGGUCUAGAUGACCCAACUCCCAAUGUAAAAGUGCUUAGGAUAGCACAAGGGUUAAAUAUGAUUUUCAGUCAUCAUUCUGUCCCGUUUGGCCUCCUGUGGCCAAACAUGUUCAUGAUUGUGAGCAUGUUAAUGACACAUACCUUUGUGAAGGAAUUAUAUUGAAAUGCCAAAUGAUACAGAAAAUGAUACAGAUCCCUUGAAAGAACUCAGACCUCUCAGUCCAGAAGAGAGCAGUGCUAGGAACAGCUAAGAUACUGCAGGACCCUCAAGCUCCCAGGCCUCUGCUAGAGGACCUGAGCUUGGGUGAGAAACCACCCACGGAAAGGUGAGAGAGGCGUUUUAGUGAACAAAGACGUGAUCGCACUGGAUGCAACUACGCUGUACAUGCACAUUCCUGCGACGGGGGAGGCAAUUCUCGGCAGGCAUGCAGUUCUCACCAUCAUACCGGUUACCAAAUUUUUGGAAUAAAUGCUGGGGCUACCAUUGGAAGAAAUACAGUAAUAACCUGUACCAUACUUAACCCUUGUGCUAUCUUAGAUGACCCCACCCUUACGUUGACGUGUUCUCCCUACCAUGACAAAGGUGGAUAAAGGUGGAAAGAUUUCAUGUAAUCCAUGGACAGCAGUGAAGAUCACAAAUCAUUGAAGAAAAAAGGUUCAGAGCACUGUCUAGUGGGUGUAGAUGACCCAACUCCCAAUGUCAAAGUACCUAGGAUAGCACAAGGGUUACACAAAAGGACUUGAUGGCUAUGACUUAGGAAACGGUAACAUGCGUUUUUGUAUGGUUGACCUUUGUGAGUUCAUUUUGAGUUGUUUCCUUUAUUGAUUUGCUUGUUUUUGGUUUUAUUCUUGUUCCUCAUUCAAUUGUUUCUUUUGCUGCCUGGCUUUCUGUAAAAACAUGAUCCAAAUAUUCUAUUGUGUUUGUUUCAGACAUACACAAUAACGAAAAAGAAAAAAGAUUUCUGCAUGUCAGCUUUUCUUAAUUUUACUGCCAAAAGAUGUUUCCUGCAUAAACAUGUGUUUUUAAAAAAUAAACAGAGGAUACAUAUAA